AUGCCGAGCCAUGUGUCGCCGGCCACGUGGACGCCAGUUCCGUUGCCAUUCUCACGCCCAGCCGCAUCUGACAUCCCAAACGCAAGUGAAAUCCGAGCAUGCCCUGCCGAAAUACACAGCCGCAGCGGCACCCGCAUCGUCGCAUUCCCGUACUACUUGGUGAAAUAUGGAACGUCAACAAACACCAGAGAAGGGCAAGCUCUGCUGUAUCUCGAGGCCUGUGUGCACAAUGUUCCGGCACCACGUUUGAACGCAAUGUUCCAGGACUCGGAUGAGACCUUUAUUGUUAUGGAUCGCAUCCCUGGUCAGACUCUCGACGAAGCAUGGGAAGGUCUCUCGGAGGCCGAAAAGGAUGGAAUCACAGCAGAACUCAAGGUCGUGUUCGAUGAGAUGCGCCACCAGCCAUGUCCUUGGACGGACCAUUUCGGAGCUCUCGAUGGAGGGCCUAUGCCAUAUUUCCUCUUCACUUCCCACGAGGGAGACACCGGUAUCACUGGUCCCUUCAAGGACUAA